CUGGUAGCGUUCUGCCGAGUGGAAGUAUCCCAGCAGAGGGACGGAAGCAGGCACAAAAAGGACCAGGAAUGAGAGACAACUCAGGUUACCAGAGCUUCUCAACGAAUUGCAAAAUGGUGCUCCGCUCAGGCCGUGAGAAGCCAUACAGAGUGCCUACUUGUGGAAGGCGAAGAGUGAGAAGGACAUUUCCGGUGAGCGCCAGAUCAGCAGCUGCUGAAAACUCAGAGCUUCAACUGCGGAGAACACUGAGGUGCUAUAUACAGACCGAAGAUUCAAAAACUGUGCAUUUCAACUUAGAUGAAUGUGGUCGUCAUGAAAUAUCAACCAUGGAUUCACAACACCCUGCAGAUACAGCAUGGUUAAGCCUGUUCACAAGCAAGGAGCCAGCAGUUAGAGGAAAACCAAACUCUAAAAACGUGGUGGUCCUCAUGCAGCGAUUAAAGUGUAAUGAAUUUGUGCUGUUGAGCAAGGGUGAAAAUCAACUCUGCCUGAAGGUUUUAAAGGGAUGCUGUUCCGAGCCAGAUCACACUUCAGUGGAAAAAAGCAACAGGAAAACGUGCAAGAAGAGAGGUCUUGACUUCAAAAAGCUGAAGGAAGAGAAUCACUUUUUCAUCAUGCAUUCUGAAGGAGAUUCGGUGAAGUUCCAGUGCUAUGAAGACACAAAUUACUUUCUGCACGUGAAUGAUCACUCACUUGACAUACGCAAGCUGGAUCAUGAUGACCCUGACGGGGAGAGAAACUUUGUCUUCAAGGUGACAUAUUUUUAGAAAAAUUAUUUUUUCUACCUUUGAAUGGCCUGAGUGCCAAUACUGCUCCUAUCACAAUCUAUACAGAGAGGGCAAGAGGUUCAGGUUAACACAUUUCUAUUUUGCCUUAUUUUUUACUUCUUUUUUUGUUGUUGUUUCAAUCACCAUUUUGUAUGAGUAACAUCUUUUCUUUCUGUACUUACAAUAGGAAGAGAUAAUGGCUAAAUUUGAAAAACAGUAACUAAUCCUUUCAUAUUGUACCUGCAUAAUUAUAGACUUCUGAAGCUGAAUUCUCCCUGAAGGGGAAAAGUACAUUGGGUAUAUUUCAAGGACAAGGGAAAAAGGUUCACGCACAGGCAUGGAAAAGCAUAGCUUUCCACAGUGUAAAUAUACCACUUUAAAAAAAUAGUUUUCUUACAAGCUUAUCUGAACUUGCAGUGAACUUGCAUUUAGAAGUCAUUAAAUGCAUAUGUAUGUGUACUGACCAAGUAGCUGUGGGAAAGCUGAGGAAAGUGUCGCUCAUCUCAAGGAGAGCAGGGGAGGAGGUCAGGGCUUGGCAGCUCAGAGAGUGCAUGCACUCAGCCUGGCAGCACUGCAGCCUCAACUGGGCCUCAGGGGAAGUGCAGUCAGUGCUUGGCUGCAAAUUUCAUAAUGACUAAAUAAACUGGAAGUGAGUAAGCGAACUGAAAAAAACACACACCACAUCAGAGGAGCAGUCUUACAGCAAAGGGUCCUGUGAAUCAGGGUUGGAUUUGAUAAUCUUAAAGGUCUUUUGCAACCUUAAUGAUUCACAAUUCUAGGAGGAUGAUGCUGCUCCUUAGAGCACAUGCAUUGCACUCUGCGAGGCACAAAACGCAUUGAAUAGAAGAGGAAACAAAACAAAGCUGUACACAUUAGGUGUUAGAAGUCUGGUUCUCAGUUGCUGUGCAUGCAGUCCCACUGCCAUUUGGUGGCACUUUUCUUUAACACAAUGCAUUUGGGAACAUACUUGUAUGAAUGCUAGGUGUCAUACACCUGUGCAAGGAGUUGUGGCUUAGUUGCAGUGAAACAGUCCUGCCAUGGCCGUUCACUGCCAGUGAAUCCUAACAUCAGCCAAUCCAAUUUGUGUGCAUUACAACAAGGCAAUAUUAUAUUUCUUUCAGUAACAGCAGUGUGGUGCUUCACUGCUGGACUAAUAUAUUUGGAACAGCAAAAAUCAUUUUGUUGCUUCCUUUGCUGAUAGAACAGAAGAGAGCUUCUGAGUAUUCUACCUGUGAGCAGUACCUGUGGCUUCUAGAUCUGUUAAGUGUUCACUGAAGUCAGGGGGUGGGAAACAAACAAAAACACAAGAACAGCCCAAUCCCAACAACAAUGACAAUGAGAAAACCUACAUAGUUAAUGGAAUAUACUGAUGAUAGGUGAAUGGUUGUCCUGGAUGAUCUUAGAGGUCUUUGUGAUUUUAUGACUCUGUGCUUCUACAAUUCUAUAUUGACUACAGCAGAUGUUACAUAAGAAGUAAUUUAUUUAGAAUAAUCUAUUAUGCUAUACAAACAAUAAAUUAAAUGGUAUAUUAGGAGCAAUAAUUUGACUGAGACAGUCUGGUAUUUGCCUAUGGUAAGGAUAUCACCUUACUCAGUCACAACAGCUGAUGAAAUUGCUACAACACAUCACAAAGCUUGCAUGAAGCAUACUGAUAAAAUACCUUUGCUGAUGUCUGCAAAAAAUGUGUUCAAACUCCGUGAACACUGAUUCUGUUCUGUAGUCAAAGCUUAAAUUAUGGCUGUAAUGCAGAAUGCUGCACUUCUACCAUCUACCUUAAAAACAAGAUUUUUAAAAAUACUUUAAAUCCUUAUUGGAUAUCAGCAGUGGUAGUUUUGUGAAGUUGUAGACUCAAGAUAUAAAGUCAAAAUGUUAUUUGGCAAUUUUUUUUCAGAUAAUAAUAAAUAAAGCUCUGUGAUGAGAAAUCAGAUCAACACUUCAUGGAUAUUCAUCUUUCCCAGACUCUUACUUUGCACUUGCAAAACCUGUAAACUGACGUUUUCAGCUUCCAACUAAUCUGAACAAGUAACAGACAAGGGAGAAAGCAUAUAUUACCUUUAUUUAGACAUAAAUACAAGACUAAUGCCAGUGAGUUCUUUUUAAAAAUAUAGCCUCCUUGCUUUACAGUGGGGAAAAAAAACAUAUUUAUCCAGUGUGUCUAACAUUUGAAUAUGAAAUAUAAUUACUACUUUGCAGUUUAUUUUCAAAAUGAGGCAGAUACUCUUAAGCUUUUACUUUGCGGAUAUGAUAAUUAUUAAAAUACUAAUAUAAAUAAAUUAGUUUUGCUUUUCUGCACUUCAAAAGCUGUGCCUAAUAGAAAAUAAUGGGUUCUGUUUGAAGGAAAAUAAUUUAAUACAAGCGUUCUUCAUGUGUAGCUUCAUGGGCCUCUGGUACUUUGACCAUAUUUGUGACCUGUUAGAAUAAAAUUUGUAAAAGAACAUAACUUAAUAAUGUGAUUCUCAUGCUAGUUAAUCCAAGGGGGAGGAAAAAAAGUAUAAAGAAGUGGUGACCGCGCCUGCCUAGGAUCUAUGUGCUAAUUAAUCCAGAUACUGGAUUUCUUUUGUCCUUGGAGAAGGGAAUGGUCAUUCACAGUAGAAAAACACUGAAGGUUGGCAGAAAGAUCACUGCAUUGAAGUCUGCUUAGGAUCAACUGUUGUACAUUAAAGCAUGAGAUUGAUUCCCAACAUUGCUAGGCCUGAAAUACAUGGCUUCUAUGCACUGUGUUACAUACUACUUUCAUUAUGGACAACCGUGGAUUAUGAACUAUAUAUCAAAAUCAGAAAUUGUUAGUCUAAUGAAUGUUUUUACAGUUGGAACAAAAGCUAAUGACCUAGCUUGAGUGCGGUUACAACAGUACUAAAACUUGUAAAUCCUGUAAUUAAUUCAAAACAACCAUUUUCUAUUAAAGGAACACUAUCAAAUACUA